AUGACAUCUACCACUUCCCACGAUGCUGUCAGUGACAGCCAGAAGAACGCAGAUCCAGUGGAUAUUGAGCAACAGGUCGAAGCUGUACCUUUCAGACACGAAAGGGUGAAAUCUCUCGGGGCAGGGUCUGCAUUGGCAUUGGGCGCAUUCGGAACGACUCUGACCACUCUCUCGCUCAGCUUAAUGGAGUGGCGAGGCGUCACUACCAACAAUGUGUUCGUGGCCAAUUUCUUCUUCAUCGCUGCAUUUGGCCUGGUCAUUACCGCGCAAUGGGAGCUGUCCAUCGGUAACGGCUUCAGUUAUACUGUCUUUAGUGCUUUUGGUCUCUUUUAUGCAGGCUACGGUGCUCUGUUGACGCCUGCAUUUGGAAUUGCGCAGGCAUACGGCGGCGAUAAUACGGCAGAAUAUAACAACGCUGUCGGAUUUUUCAUGAUCCUGUGGACGGUAUUUGUCUUCACGUUUCUGAUCGCAUCGCUGCCCAGCAACGUUGCCUAUAUUCUGGUGUUUCUGUUGGUGGAUCUGGGCUUUUUGAUGGUUGCCGCGAGCUACUUCGCCGCAGCAGAUGGUCACCCAGCAUCCUCAACCGCAUUGAAAAAGGCGGGCGGGGUUUUCUGUUUUCUGGCUGGACUAGUGGGAUGGUACAUUGUUUUCCAUUUAUUGCUGGCGGAUUCUCUCCUGGAUCUACCUUUGGGCGACACGUCGCGACUUUUUGGGAAGAAAAAGGGCAAGGGUGAAUGA